UAAAUAUGCAACUACUUUACACGGCUCACUUUAAUUUCUACUCCUAAUGCUAAUAACAUAAUAUCAAAUAAUUAUAGACUGUAAGCGUCGUCGACGGAAGUGCACUUUUAUAACUACUAAUGUCAAAGAGUGCCAUCUCUGUGUGCAACUGCAAGUACCGUGUAUACCAAGUGAGACCGACGAAGAGGGCCGACCUGUGCGCGACGGUAAUCAGGAACUGCAGCAAGUGCGACAACAAAUUUCCCAAAUCGACCGUGAUUUACAAACUAUGGAACAGUUCAUCAGUGACAGCAACGAAGCUCGCCAAGUGGAAUGGAAACUUCGUGUGGUCAAUGGGCGCAUUUAUCUGGUUAGCCGAAUUAAGAACCUGGAAGAACUCUUAAUGUACAACCAAGCAUCAAUACGAUACCUCUCUCCCUUUCAACAACUAUUCAGCAGAGAAAGUAUUCAGUUCAAAGGCACCACUCCGAGUAUUGCGGUGGCGUCGACUGCUCUGAUUAUUCGCAACGCCAACCCUUCCAACAAGCCAAACCGUACUGAUCCAACUCCACGUGGUCGCCCAGAUUCGUUUUACAAGCAGUAUAUGGAUGAGCUCAUAACGCUCUAUAUGGAACGAUACAAUCCAUUUGUCGGUUUAUUACAUGCACCUUCGUUCCUACAACAUUAUCAAAGCCUAAAAGACCCUCUAUCAAGCCCCAUCGUCCUGGCAGCCUGCGUCGAUACCAUUGCCUAUUUCUUUUCGAGACUGAAGUAUUCGUCAGAAGAAAAGCGUCAUCUCGCCGAAUUUUUUUACGUCAGGUGCCGAGACAUGCUGAUAGGGGAGAUGUUUGACGAUCCAAGGCAGAGGCUCCAGGCAAUUAUUGCAUCGAAUCUGUUGAUGCAGUAUCUUUUGGACCUGCUGCUUGAAUUUGGCGAAGCCCGGCGAUUAUUAACCGUAGCUUACCUCGCAUGCCACGAAGUCAAUGUUGACGACCUAUCGACAGUUGAAUACGCACUGUUCCAACGACAUCGUGCCACUGUACAAAUAUACUUCACACAAGUCAACAUGGCAUUUCAUGACAAGUUUGAUCUUGGCAUUGUCGAAUGGGAUAACGUUUACCCAAUGGAUGAUGAUCCACCAGCGGUACACAGUUAUCUCGCCAUGUGGAAAUGCAUACUUGAAUUGGGUAGCUCGCCGUAUAUUGUGUCUAUUUUGGAAACAUUAAGCGACGCAAUUAUUCAUGGAAGAAAGUGUGAGUUGAGCCUUGAUAAUAUCCUGCGGUAUGAACCAACGAUGCGCUCUUGGUGGAAAAAUAUACCAGAGGAAUUCCGUCUCUGCGAGGAACCGUUCGAUUUAACGUCGGCCAAAGAAGCCUUAGAAAGGGUUACUUCAUCCACUCAAAUGGGUCCAUUUGCUUUUCUGCAUGCAUUUACGGCUAUCGUUCAGUCAGUUUUGCUAAAGCCGCAACUGGCACAAGAUACAGGCGAACCAAUCAAUGACGACAUUGUCAAUAUCAUAAAGGAAAAGGCCAUGUCCCUAACAUUAUGCUCAACGCAACUACUUGUCCAGAUGAUGAAAAAGAAUCUUGAAGUAGAUAUUGAAGCUGUACCCUUAUCGUUUGGCUUUAUGAUUAGUGUUCUUCACUCAGUCUGCAACAUCGUAAUGACUUAUCAUCAAGUGAAUCUUUCGCCUGCUACUGAAAGAACACUGAUGCAUUGUUUCUUCCAACUGUCAUCGAUCGUGCCUCUCGAUCAUCAUAUUCCUCGGUCAAUUUCGUCCCUGGAGUCGUUUAUGCUUACGUUAAAAUCCAACCCAUUGUCGAUGUACGAAAAGUACCCCAUGCCUAGACUUGCUAUGCUAUCCGACAUACUUUAUACCUGUUUUGGACAAUUAAAUGUAAUUUAAUAAUACUGUACAUACACAACAGCAUACACAUAAAGUUGUAUAUAUUAUCCCCUAUGUAAUAUUUAAAUGAUGACGAUCUCUGCCACAUCUAUAACCAUCAAUACCGAUAGUCACAACAUAUUAAGUGCAUAUUGUGUCUUGAUACAUACUACAUAUAUAUUUUAGAGCAAAUAUACACAGCCGAUAUUAUUGUCACCAACCUGUAAUUCCAUGUAGUAAGAUCUGGUAGGGUCAUUAAACGAAAUAGAAAGUUUGUACCUGAGGUGGUGUUGAUAUCAGGGAGCUGUUUCGAUUUAGGCGAGUCUGACAAGCAGAUGAUAUGUAAUUAGCAGGUUUUCAAACUUUGUACUACCUCACGCAGAGAAGAGAAGGUUGG